AUGGCGCCCGUCAAGUCGCAUUCCAAGGUCGUUUCCAUCGGACGGACUCCGUUAGUGCAUCCGCUGGACCCGCUGAGUCCCGCGGAGAUCUCUGUCGCCCUCGCGACGGUCCGCACGGCUGGAGCUACUCCCGAGCUGCGGGAUGCCAUCCGCUUUAUUGAGGUGGCUCUUAACGAGCCACCCAAGGACGUGGUCGCACUGGCAGACGCCUACUUCUUCCCUCCUUACCAGCACUCGGUGUACAUUCCACCCGCCAACGCUCACCCUCCCACUCACAACAAACCGUCCUCCUCCUUUCCCUCCUCCUCCUCCCCCAUCCCUUCCUCCACCACCACCACCCCCUCCCCCUCCGCCUCCUCCGCCGCCUCCCCCUCUCCCAAAGCGGCUGUUCUCCGCCUCCCCCCCCGGGAGGCGAGGCUGGUGACGUGGAACAAGCUGACCAAUCAGACGGCGGUAUGGGUGGUACAGCUGGCAGAGGUGCAUGCGAGUCUCAGGGGGGGGCACCACCGUGGACGAAUCAAAUCGUGCCAGGUCAUGGAGGACGUUCAGCCCGCCAUGGACGCAGUGGAGUAUGCAGAGUGCGAGGCAGCAGUGAAGGCACACCCGCCAUUUCAAGAGGCGAUGAGGCGACGAGGUGUCGAUGACAUGGACCUAGUCAUGGUGGACGCGUGGUGUGUGGGGUAUUACUCUGAAGCGGAUCACCCCAAUCGCCGCCUCGCCAAGCCGCUCAUCUUCUGCCGCUUCCCCUCUGACUGCUCUUUGGACAAUGGAUACGCCAGGCCCGUCGAGGGUAUAUACGUGACGUUGGACCUGCAGAGCAUGGAAGUGAUCAGGUGCGAGGACAGGGAGCUCAUCCCCCUGCCCCCGCCCGACCCGCUGCGCAACUACACGGCCGGGACGGACAGGGGGGGCGUGGACCGCUCCGACUUGAAGCCCAUCAAGAUAGAGCAGCCCGAGGGGCCGAGCUUCCGCGUGAAUGGAUACGCUGUGGAGUGGCAGAAGUGGAGUUUCCGUGUAGGGUUCACGCCUAAAGAAGGCCUGGUGCUGCAUUCACUAGCCUACGACGAUGGCAGCAGCGGCAGGAGGGGCGUUGCGCACCGGCUGAGCUUCUGUGAGAUGGUGGUGCCGUAUGGCGACCCCCACGAGCCCCACUACCGCAAAAACGCCUUCGAUGCCGGCGAAGACGGGCUGGGCAAGAACGCCCACUCGCUAAAGAAGGGAUGUGACUGUCUAGGGUUGAUCCGCUACUUUGACGCGCACAUGAGCAACUUUCUCGGUGGCGUCGAGACGAUAGAGAACGCCGUGUGCAUGCAUGAGGAGGACCAUGGCAUGCUCUGGAAGCACGUGGACUGGCGCUCGGGGCACACGGAAGUGAGGCGGUCGAGAAGGCUCGUGCUCUCGUUUGUGUGCACGGUGGCCAACUACGAAUACGGCUUCUUCUGGUAUCUCUAUCAGGAUGGCAAGAUCGAAGCGCAAGUAAAGCUCACGGGGAUCCUAUCAGUGGGCACUCUGAGGGAGGGCGAGGAGCGCAAGUAUGGGACACUGCUGGCGCCGGGGCUGUAUGCUCCCAUCCACCAGCACUUCUUUGUGGCUCGCAUGGACAUGGCUGUUGACUGCCGCCCGGGCGAGCAGGCUAAUCAGGUGGCGGAGCUGAAUGUGAGGAUGGAAGGGGCAGGCCCGCACAACCCUCAUGCGAAUGCCUUCUAUGCAGAGGAGAGGGUGCUUCGGACAGAAGGCGAAGGGAUGAGAGACGUGGAUCCCAUGUCUGCCAGGCACUGGCUGAUCCAAAACACUCGGGCAGUCAACCGGGCAGGUCGUCCAACAGCCUACAAGCUCGUGCCAGGGUCCAACUGCCUGCCCUUCUCGCAGCCCGAGGCGAAAUUUCUCCGCCGGGCAGCUUUCCUGAAGCACAACCUGUGGGUCACGCCGUACCACCCGGAGGAACGGUUUCCGGGCGGCGAGUUCCCGAACCAGAACCCCAGGAUCGGCGAUGGGCUGUCCUCGUGGGUGCAGCAGAACAGAUCGAUCGACAAUGCUGAUGUGGUGCUCUGGUACGUGUUUGGCCUCACUCACGUCCCACGGCUGGAGGAUUGGCCCGUCAUGCCCUGUGAAUACCUCGGUUUCUGCCUCAUGGUGAGCUUGCCCUCAGCUGCUGCUACAGCCGGUGGUGCUACAGCCGGUGGUGCCAUAGCCGGUGGUUUGAGUGUGGAGGAGUUUAGGGCUUUCGAGUGCCCCCAGCUGAAAGGCUGUGUCUAUCUGGACCAUGCAGCAGCAGCAGCAGUAUACACUCGCUCGCAGGUCGCAGCAGCCACCAGAGCCCUCACUCUCUCUGGCCUUUUCCUCGCUCCAUCUUCCCACCACCAUAUUGCAGGCUGCGUCUACCUCGACCAUGCAGCAGCAGCAGUAUACAGGCGCUCGCAGGUCGUAGCAGCAACAAGAGCCUUCAUUCACUUGCUGCGUGCACCAGAGCCCUCACUCACUUGUCUUUCUCCCAUGUAUCUCGCCGUGCACCACAUCCCAGGCUGCGUGUACCUCGACCAUGCAGCAGCAGCGGUGUACACACGCUCGCAGAUUGCAGGCAGCCACCAGAGCCCUCACUCUCUUUGGCCCCUUUUCCUCGCUCCACCUUCUCACCACCAUAUUGCAGGCUGUGUGUAUCGCGACCAUGCAGCAGCAGCGGUGUACACACGCUGGCAGGUUGCAGCAGCUACCAGAGCCUUCAAUCUCUCCAUCAUCCUUUCUUCCCCCCUCUCCUCAUGCACCACAUCAGGCUGCGUGUAUCUUGACCAUGCAGCAGCAGCAGUGUACACUCGCUCGCAGGUCACAACAAUCAUGAGAACCCUCACCAAACUGUCUGAUUUCUCCCGUCAUUCCCAUCCACCAUCGCACCUCAGCCUGCGUCUACCUCGACCAUGCAGCAGCAGCAGUUUACACGCGCUCGCAGGUCGCAGCAGCACAUCAGCCCUCAUUCCCUCCCUCAUCUGUUCCCCCCCCUCUUCCCCAAUGCACCGCAUGUCAGGCUGCUGUGUGUAUCUGGACCAUGCAGCAGCAGCAGUAUACACUCGCUCGCAGGUUGCAGCAGCUACCAGAGCCCUCACUCGUUCCCUCUUUUCCAACCCUCACAGCGCCAGUAGCAGCAGUGCGGCCACGUCUGACGCGAUCGAAUCACUUCGCAUGCAGGUGCUAGCCAUGUGCAAUGCGCCUCCCUCCCAGUACGCUUGCGUCUUUACCAGUGGUGCCACGUCAGCACUCAAAACGGUCGGCGAGGCAUUCAGAUGGACGGCGGACAGCGAGCUGGCAAUGACGCUGGACAACCACAACUCGGUGCUGGGGAUCAGAGAGGUGGAUGGAGGGGUGUUCAGAUGGGUGGCAGGCAGUGAGCUGGCGAUGACGUUAGACAACCACAACUCGGUGCUGGGGAUGAGAGAGUAUGCUCUUAGAGCUGGUGCUACAGUGUCUGUUGUUGAUAUUCGCUAUGAGGAUGACUAUAUGGGGGAUGAGGAGGAAGAGGAGGAGGAACAAGGGGGCGAUGAGGAUGAGAGUGAGAGUGGGAGUGAGGCUGGGAGUGAAUAUGAGAGUGGAAAUGAGAGUGAGAGUGAGAAUGGGAGUGAGAAUGGGAGUGAGAAUGGAAAUGACAAACAGGAGAGGAGAGUGGAGAAGGUGGGAGUGGAUGAAGUGAGGAUAAUGAAGGAGGAAUUUAAGGAAGAAGAGGGAGGAGAGGAUGAAGAACAGGAGGAGGAAGAAGGAGCAGAGGAGGAUGAAGAAGAAGAAGCAGAGGAGGAAGAAGAAGCAGAGGAGGAGGUGGAAGAGGAGGAAGAGGAGGAAGAGGAUGAAGAUGAGGAGGAAGAGGAUGAAGAGGAUAGGAGGGCGGGUGUGAGGUUGGGUAGUGGGAGGAAGGUCCGAUUUGCUUUGCGUGGGAGGAGGAGCAAACGUAAGAGGGCGGAGGAGGAGGAGGAAGAGGUGGAAGAGGAGGAAGAGGAGGAGGAGGAGGAGGAGGAGGAGGAGGAGGAGGAGGAGGAGGAGGAGGAGGAGGAGGCGGAGGAAGAGGAGGAGGAGGAGGAGGAGGAGGAGGAGGAGGAGGAGGAGGAGGAGGAGGAGGAGGAGGAGGAGGAGGAGGAGGAGGAAGAGGAGCAGGAGGAGGAUGAGGAGGAGGAAGAAUCAGAAGCAGAAGAUGAAGAAGAGGGGAAAGUAGGAGUGAGGGUAGGUGGAAGAAAGAAGGUUCGAGUGGUCUUACAUGGGAGCAGCAGGAGUAAGCGCAAGGGAGCAACAGAAGAGGAAGAGGAAGAGGAGGAGGAAGAAGAGGAGGAAGAGGAAGAAGAAGAGGAGGAAGAAGAGGAAGAGGAAGAAGAGGAUGAGGGAGAGGAGGAUGAGGGAGAGGAGGAAAGGAUGGGCGUGAGGUUAGGUGGCAAGAAGAAGGUUCGAGUGGUCUUACCUGGGAACAGCAGGAGUAAGCGCAAGGGAGCAACAGAGGAGGAAGAGGAAGAGGAGGACGAAGAAGCGGAGGAGGAUGAGGAGGAGGACGAAGAAGAGGAAGAGGAGGGAACGGUGGGAGUGUUGGUGAGAAGGAGGAAGGUUCGAUUGGCGUUAGCUGGCAGCAGCAGGAGCAAGCGCAGUGAUGUGGUGGGAAAGGAAGCUGAAGCAGUCUCUGCCGGUGGUUGUACUGGUAAUGUGCGGCAACCCCUAAGUGCUGCAGAUGUCAAUUUGAAUGCACGGACUGGUGAAGCAGUGGGGCCAGCAGCAGCGAUUGUGAGUGGGAGGGACGGUGAACCUGUAGGGGCAGCAGCGAGUGUGAGGACAGGUGAACCUGUGGGGACAGCAGCAGAUGUGAAUGCGAAUGCAGGGACAAGUGAACCUGUGGGGGGAGCAGCAGCGAGUGUGAGUGUGAGGACUCCUGAACCUGUGGGGGCAGCAGCACUUGCCGAAACCAACCCUUCUGAUUCCACUGUUCUUGCCGAACCAGUGCUGACCGAACCACAGAAUGGCAGGGCUGUUUCCGAGCCUGGACAGGAGGUUCGGCCAGGUGGGACUGGCUUAGGAGGAAGAAGUGAGGAGAAGGGCCAUGAGGGAAAAAGGGGUGGAGAGGCAGGAUCAGGGUCAAGGGAUGUGAGAACAGAGCAUGAGAGGCCUUCUGAGUCGUCUCAACUGUCAAGGGAUACAAGGGCAAGGGGCAUGAAACAGCAUCGAGCGGCGGAUCGGAAGGGUAGAAGGGUGGAUGGAAUGGUGGAUGGUUGUCCAAAGGGCACAGUCCUUCGAGGGGUGGUAGAGGGGGUGUCCCUUCGCCUGCUGAACCGAUUCUCUCGGGCAGCAAGGGAAGGGAAGGCAAGGGAACACGAGGCACCAAAAGCGCCAACGGCACGACGGGAAGAAGCUGUUUCAAAGCCGCCUGAAGAGGUGUUUUCAGGGGCAGGGAAGGAGGAGGAGCGGCAGCAGCGGCGGCGAAGGCAGAAUCAGGAGGGGCAGGAGGAGUUGCCGUUUGUCCCAUGCCUGUUUGCAAUGCCUGCAGAAAGUAAUCUUAGCGGCGAGAAGCUUGAUCUGAGGGUGGUGCGGGCGGUGAAGGAGGAGAGGUGUUUGGAUGGGUGGGAGGGGUGGAGCCGGGAGGACAGAGGAGUGGAGAGCGGUGAUGGUAGGAGACGAGGCAGGGGGAGAGGGAAAAGGAGAAGUGAGAAGGGAAUCGAGGAGGAAAGAGAGCAAGGGAGAGAGAAGGGAGGGGAUGGCACAACAACUGCUGGUGCCUCUCAAACUCAACAACAACAACAGCAGCAGCAGCAGCAGUUGCCUGCACGCAAGAGAGCAUGGGGCGGCCUCUGGGGUUGGCUGGGAGGAAGUCGUGGGACAUCCGGUGCAGCAGAUGAGGAUCAAGGGCAGGUCGAUAGCAAUGGUGUGGCGACUGGUGGUGGAGCUGACAGGGGUGCUGGUGGUGGGAAGGCCCAGGGUACAGAUGCUGUACGCACGGAGAGCAGUGGCAGGGUGACUCGGGGCCAUGAAGCUGAUAGGGAGGGUGGUGGUCGGGAUGGGAGUGGUAGGAGUCGUACUGGUCGUGGUGGUGAUGGUGGAUGCAGUGGUGAAAGUGCUUCUUCUGCCCUGCUGACUUCGUCGCACUCUCCUUUUACAAGGUGGACUGUCCUUACCCCUCUCCACCCCUCGUCACCCCUCUUCAUCCCUCUCCACCCCUCCUCACCCUGCUCCACCCCUCCUCACACCUCUUCACCCCUCUCCAUCUCUCCCUCUCCCCACGCCACUCACUACCCUACUGACUCCGUUGCCCUCUCCUUCCACAAGGUGGGUUGCCCCCUCCUCUCCAUACCUCCUCCCUCCAUUUCUCAUGCUUUUCUCUUCACAUGUGCUUCCUUACUGCCAUCAGCCAACAUCCCUUCACCUUGUGUCAUCCCUUUCCUCAAUCCUUGCCUCCCACAUGUGUACGCUACACGCCAACUUGUGCGUCUCAUUCAGAUUCUGCUUUCAUUCUCCGCAAGCCCUACUUCAGUGGAGGCACCGUGGCAGCAGUUCUACCAGUCCCCGACUUUGUCCCUCACUGUUCUCUCCUCGCUUAACAUAGAAGCACAGGCCUCCGGCAGUGGGAGGACAGAACCAUGCACGUCCUCCACCUCUCUCCAUUCUCCACAUCCUCUCUCUAUUUCGCCCCUCACAGGCACCGUGGCAGCAGUGUUUGCAGACUCCGACUUAGUCUCUCUGCGCCCAUCACUCGAAGCACAGUGGGAGGACGGCACGCCCCCCUUCCUCCAGCUGGCAGCAGAGCUUCCCCCAGGCCUCGCCCUGGUCUCCCGCCUCUCAUUCUCCGCCAUCCAACGCCACGUCUCGUCUCUUGCACUCUUCACCACCUCUCGCCUCCUCUCCCUCCGCCACUGCAACGGCCAGCACGUCUGCAUCGUGUAUGGAAGGCACAGGGCCUUGUUGCUGCAUCUUGAACAGAGCAGAGUCGUAGAUCGGGAGAGGCGAGCGUCUUCUGAUUCGAUUGAGAAGAAUGGAGUGGUGGAUUUGCAGGGACGAGAGGAGGAACGAGAGGCAGUGUUGAAGCAGCAGGGGGGGGUGGUGGCGUUUAACCUGAAGCGCAGCGAUGGAUCGUGGGUGGGGCACAAGGAGGUGGAGAAGCUGGCAGCCAUCCACAGCAUUCAUCUCCGGACUGGUUGUUUCUGCAACCCUGGUGCCUGUGCCAAGCACCUGCGCCUCUCCCACUCCCAACUCCUCGAGAAUUACGAGGCGGGGCACGUGUGUUGGGACGACAACGACGUGAUUGCCGGGCGGCCGACUGGCGCCGUGAUUUUUCCGAUCAGUCCCUUUCUCCCCUCUCCCACAUGCGACAGACCGACUGGUUGCUUCUGCAACCCAGGAGCCUGUGCCAAGCACCUGCGCUUGUCUCAUGCCCAACUCCUCGAAAACUACGAGGCGGGGCACGUGUGCUGGGAUGACAAUGACGUGAUUGCCGGGCGGCCGACUGGCGCCGUGCGGAUCUCCUUUGGACACCUGUCAACCAUUGAUGACGUGGAGGCGUUCCUCUCCUUCAUCCAAACGUGCUUUGUGGAGCUGCCACGUCAGCACACUCCACCUCAGCACGCCACCUCUGCUGCCUCUGCUGCUUCUGCCGCUACCGCUGCCACCGCUGCCGUUUCCUCUUCUGUGUCUGCUUCUACAGCCGCUACAGCCGCUGUUGCUGCUACAGCCGCUACAGCCGCUGUUGCUGCUACUGCCGCUACAGCCGUUGUUGCUACUGUUGCUGCUGCCGAGAAGAAGCUGGAUAUAGGGCGUUUCACUAAUGGAAUAGCAAGCCAUUUGGAGCAUCGGGAGGAGCUUGCACAAGCAGAUGUGGCUAAGGAGAAUCUUUCGCGAGCACGUGCGCCUGCACAAAGUGUGACUAUAGAGGGGCUGUUUGUGUAUCCGAUCAAGUCGUGUGCUCCCAUGCGAGCGCAAGCAUGGCCGCUGGGGCCCACUGGUCUGCUGCAUGACCGGGAAUGGCUUAUCAUCAACCCUAUAGGCACUCCACAAAGGCCCAACAGGGUCCCCUCACUCUACAGCCUCCGCCCAUCCAUCAACCUCGCUUCACGCCUCCUCUCCAUCCACCUUACUCCCCAAGGCUCUCCUCCUGCCCAGUCUCCCCUCCAAUUACCUCUUGACAUGUGGCCUGAUGCCAGGCUGGAUGGCGUGCGAGUGUGCGGUGACAGCGUCCACGUGGCAGUGUACCCUGCUGACGUGGCAGCCUGGCUCUCCGCCGCUCUCGGCACGCCAUGUCAGCUUGUGAGGCUCCUUCCGCACGCCCGCCAGCAGAAGAAGCUGCCUAGAAGCAUCCUCAGCAGUCAGGACAACACCAGAACCAAUCAGAUCAGUGAAAACCAAUCCAGCCGUAACGAAUCUUCCCAAUCCGCAUCCUCCUUCCACUCCUAUUCCUCCUCUCCCUCCUCUUCCCCCUCUCUCUCGCUAGCCAAUGAGGCUCAGCUGCUAGUGCUCUCAUCUGCUAGUCUGGCUGAUCUUUGGAGGAGAGUGGCACAUGGGACAGAGGGGGAGCUGAUGGCAGGAGAUGGACGGAAAACAGAUGGGAGAACAACAGGAGUGGAUAAACCUUUGCAAAAUAAGCAAGUCAAAUCUGGUCCCUUGCCGUUGCUAGGGUCUCAUUCUGCUGCGCUUCCUUGCUGCCCUGCCGAUUGGAGCCUGAGGCUCGGUAACCCUGCCGAACCUAAUGGUCUGGACUCAGGCUCGGGGAUGGAUCAAGCUUAUCCAGCACCAGCAGCAGCAGCAUCUGCCACGUCAGCAGGGUCAUCUCAGGCUGCUGACGUGGACAGAGAUGCGGAAGCAGAUGCCUCGUGGGCAUUGCGGUUUCGCCCCAACAUUGUGGUGGGCGGUGCUGACGUGGCGCCAUACGAUGAGGACAGGUGGAAGCAGCUGGUUGGUCAAGAUGCUUCCUUUGAGGUGAGCAGUGCUUAA